GUUGCAUACGUCAGUGACCAUACGCGUGGUGUGAAAAAAUUUCAUAAGUUUGAGAUGACCCAUAUCUGUGUUUGAUUAGUAAUUUCUUAAAAUCAUACUAUGUGACACGAUCAAUGUGUAAAUCUAUAAUACAUAGCGAUUUAAUAAAAUAAAUUUAUUUAAUAAAAUAAAUUAAAUAGAAGAAUCUGAUGAUUGUGUCGUUUAAGAAUGAUGCAUCUACAACAUGACAUUGCCUGUUGCAUUUCAUUUUUAUUUAUUUUAACUCUUGUCAAAGCGGAUUUUCAGAAUUAUUUAAAUCCUCAACAUAGAAUAAAUCAUUUGCCUGAUAACAAAUUUAGCUUUAGUGAGUAUUUGGAAUCUUCUGAUAAUGAUGAAAGAGAUAGAACAUCACAAUGGGAUCAGAUGUACCAAAAUAUACCAAAAACUACAAUAGAUACCGAACAACAAACUUUAGAUAUACUUAAUAAAAAUAUUAUAUGGGAUUCUCAUUGGGCCAAAAAUAUCAAAUUUGGUCAGAUAUCAGCAGUGUCUAUAGAUCCAAAUGGAAAUAUUGGAAUAUUUCAUAGAGGAACAAGAGUAUGGGGGUUAACUACAUUUGACAAUGAAAAUGUAUUUGAUAAAAGCAAAGGUCCAAUUCAAGAAAACACAGUAAUUUUGUUAGAUAAAUUUGGAAAAAAGUUAUUAGAAUGGGGUGCAAAGAAAUUUUAUUUACCACAUGGUUUGACAAUAGAUAUGUAUGGAAAUUAUUGGAUUACUGAUGUAGCCUUACAUCAAGUAUUUAAAUUUGAUAGUAAAGAUAUAGCAAGAUUAAGAAAAGGAGAAUAUAGCCAAGAAACAAUAUUUUCUAACCCUAAACCUUCAUUGGUUCUUGGAGAAGCUUUUGUACCUGGUAACAAUGACAAACGGUUUUGCAAACCAACAGCAGUUGCUGUAGAAAAUAAUGGUGACUUUUUUGUCAGUGAUGGUUAUUGUAAUUCUAGAAUUAUUAAAUUCAAUGCUAAAGGAGAGAGAAUUUUAAAGUGGGGUAGAACAACAUAUGCAUAUGCAGAAAGAGCUCUUGUACCAAAUGCAUUUAAUAUACCUCAUGCUUUAGCUCUUGCUAAUGAAUUGAAUUUACUUUUUGUUGCUGAUAGACAAAAUGGUAGAGUUGUGUCUUUCUUUGCAACUAAUGGGACUUUUUACAAAGAGUACAAGGAUUUUAAGAGAAUUGGCCCAUUGAUUUAUAGUGUUGCAUAUGCCAAAGGAAGACUUUAUUUAAUUAAUAAUCAUUUAAUUAAUGAACCUUCUAGUUACAAUAUACAUGUCCAAGGGUUUGUUCUUGAUGUAAAUUCAGGAAAUAUACUAUUUUCAUUUCGACCAGGUCAAGACAUGGAUAGUCCACAUGACAUAGCUGUGUCUGAGGAUGGUUCAGAAAUAUAUGUUGUGGAAUUGAAUAAGAACACUGUUUAUAAAUUUAUGCAGAAUAUAAAUACAUCAGUACAAAUUGGAAAUUCGGUGGUACACACAAACCCUCAUCAUGAACCUGCACCUUUGACGGAUAGUGAUAUGAACAGCCCUACUGGAGGUACUACAACAGCAACAUUAGUCUUAUCCCUUGUUACAGCAGCAGUCAUUUUUAUUGCGCUCUGUAUAGCAAUUGCUGCAGUUUUAGCAAGAUGUCAAAAAAGAGGAUGUUUAUUAAUAAUGCGCAAACGAAUGCACUGGGAAGCCGAGAGGCGAGAAAACUUUAAACUUCCAAAUCUCUUGGAAAACAGAAGAGGCAAGAGUUUCAAGAUAGUGGAGAAACGACCAAAUCCGCGAGACUUUAGUAAAUUGAACACGGAACCAGAAACCUCAGAGGAUGAAUAUCCGGAGAAUAGCUUUGCAAAAGUUAUUUCAUAGUGUUGAACACUUUUAACGAAUCAAGCACAUGAUUUUAAUGACGUAUCUCUAUUAAACAAACUUGUUGUCUUACCUUCCAAUUCAGGCUUUUUGCAUGUAAAUUGAAUUUGGUCUCCAUGAUGCUAGUCUUACGAAGUACGAUGUUCAAAUUACGAAAUGUUCCAAUUAAUGCCUCACGACUGUUGCCUUUUCACACAAAGUCACUUAUUAUCACUCACGAAGUUAGGUAUUAAUUGUUUUGUUAAAUUAUUUAAAAAAAAGAAUAUCGAAUCCGUUAUUUAAGACUUCGUCGUUGACUGUCACCGACUCCCGCUCUCGUUAACCAAAAUCAAGUGACGUCAUCGGAAAUAGCCAACUUCACGAUUAUUUGAAUCCGCUGCAUUUAAUCGUGUAUUCCAAUUUAAUCGAUUUAAUUUUAUAGAAAUUACUAUUCCUGCAUGUUUUAAAUAAUAAUUAUAUUUGAGGAAAUUAAAAUGUUUCUCUUAUAUUUGAGAAACAAAAGAUAUUGAAGUAUAAUAUAUGUACAUAUAUAUAUAUGUGUGUAUGUAUGUGUGUGUAUAAAAUAGUUCCCGCGUUUAUACUUACUCGAUUACUCGACAUUGAAUUUGAUAGAUAUCGAUAUUCUUUUUGGCUCUCUUGUGCAAUUAGUGUUUCAAAAGAACUGCCAAUGUUUUCAAAUUUUGUAUUUCUUUUUCGGAGAUUUAUUUGAGUUAAUUUAAAUAUUUAUAUUAGUUUUAUGUAGUUAAUUCAUAAUAAUAAGUCUGUAAAUGAUGAAGAUAAGAGUUAA